AGUGAUGGAUUAUGAUACCUACAGUGCCCAUGAUGUUAUUGGAAAAUUGUAUAUAGACUUAAAUCCUCUUCUAUGGAAUGAGGGUGCCUCCAACAUAUCUGGUUGGUUUCCAAUCUAUGACACGAUGCAUGGGGUUAGGGGUGAAAUGAACGUGGUUGUUUCCGUUGAACUCUUCCCUGACCUGAACAAAUUCCGACAAUCAUCUUGUGGUGUGCAGUUCUUCAGCACUAGCCAGGUACCAGCACGACACACCAUGUCGUCUGUCCUUGGAUUUGUAGAGGAGCUAGUCGUCAAUGAUGACCCAGAAUAUCAGUGGAUUGAUAAAAUACGAACGCCAAGAGCAUCGAACGAAGCAAGGCAGCUGUUAUUUUCGAAGAUUUCUGGACAGUUACAAAGGAAAAUUGGUCUAAAAGUUCUCGAAAUUGGAGGAAAUGCUGUACUUGGGUAUUGGCAGUGUUUUGAUUUAGAAGGAGAGUCUGGUAUUGUAGUAAGAGGGAUCGGUACUGCAGCGCUACUGCAGAAGAUGGACACACCUUUAUCACCAACAUCACUCAGUCCGCCCAAAGACUUCUAUAAAGAGUUGCCUUCAACUUCUCAUGAUAAUCAAAGUGAAUCUGGAUCGUAUGAGUCUACUGGUGGAUCGGUAAAGACGUGGCAAGGUGCCCCUCCUUCGCCGACAAAAGGUGUUCCUAUCAAACACCAUGGUUCAGAGACUGACUUAGCUGGCAGUAUAGGUGGCGGUAGUAGCGGCAGUGGAGGUCACCGAAUGUCAAGAAGUGCACCCCCGUUAAUGAAUAUUGACUUACUAGAAUAUCCAUUUUUUACAAUGACGUCAUUUCCAACGGAUUUCGUUGUCCAUCUUGCGGGAAUGGUAACAGCACGUUCUGUUAAACUUCUUGACAGGAUUCAUAAUCCAGAUGAACCAGAAACACGGGAUGCAUGGUGGAGGGAAAUCCGUACAGAGAUCAGGUCACAUGCAAAUGCAAUGGGAUGCCAUGCUGUGGUUGGUUACAGGGAAACGACGACAAUAUGUGAUGAGAUAUGUGUGUUAUCAGCCAGUGGAACAGCAGCCAUUGUUAAUGUCAGCCUCCAACAGAGAAAUCCAGCAGGUAUCUUAACGGUGUCGUUGGAUAGAACAGAGUUUAUCAAAGAGCAGCAAGACGCAACAUCUGUGAACGAUGGGAUGUCUGAAAGUUUUCAUCAAGAUAAUGUUGGAACAUCUUGCAGUUUAUGUCACAUACCAUAUAAGGAUUCUACAUUACCAUUUCCUGUUACAUUGUCAAAAUGUCAGGUUUGCAGAAAAUACAAAGUACCUGACAUACUGAUUACAACAGUAGAACCGCCUGCAGAACUUCAGUACACGGGAAGAGGUUGCUUUUUACAGGCAAGAAUUUGCAGACCAAAAAAACAUGCGCAGGGUGAGAGUAAUGCAACACAAAUUGGUGAUGCACUGCCGUUUAUGGAAUAUGAGUUGCACAGACGAAUUAUAAAUAAACUGAAGGUAAAGGGUAUGAAUGCACUGUUUGGGUUGCGAGUCCAGGUGAUAGUGGGGGAGGAACUACUUGUUGGAACAGCAACUGGGACAGCUGUUUAUAUAAGUGCUCUUCCUCCCCCUUCAGCGUUAAAAUUGACAGGGAAGACUGGUAAUAUUGAUGAGGAUGAUAAAAAAAUUUCAAGUCUUCAAAAACGGAUUUCUGAUGCAAUUGCUAAAAAUAAAGAACAGUACAACUUGACUACCACAGACCAUACAACUGAAUUAACAGAUAGUCCAAAACACACAGACAGUCAAUUGGAUGUUGAUGACCUCGGUGAUUCACAACUAUAUAGAGACGCGUACAUAUUUGAAAUUGAUGAUGCUGAUAACAAGGAAAUUGCUGAUGCCCUGCUAGAACCAGACCUGCCAGCAGGCUUCUUUAGUUGUAGUACUGAAAAAAUGCCAGGAGAUCUCAAUUUGACAAAACAAGUACAGACUGUGAAUCUUGUGUGGCGACAGAGCAUGAAGCAACCAUCCAAUCAGAACUUGUCACGGAUAUUUGAAAAUCUUCUUGAGAGCCUUUGCUUCAAACUUAGGGCAUUAUAUCCUUGUUGUUUGUGUUCGUUGCAAUUCGAUGUCGCUCUUCCAGAAGAUGAAAUCAUUCAGAUAUGGGUGACAGCGGCAUUAUUAGAAGUAGCCGACUCAAAAUCAACUCCAAAAAAGAAAGGCCCAAGAAAUUCAGCUGAUGCUGAUUUGAUGUUUGCAAUAGAGGAGUUAUCCCCACCCUCACCCCAGCAGUCACAGACCCCAGUCAAAGGUGUAAAGUCUGCUACAAAAUUAGACAAAAAACUUCAGAUAAAGGAAAUGUCUGUGUACCCUGAAGUGCAGUUGACACCGUUACCCAACAUACCAGGAGCACAUAUUGACGAGUACCUUGGCAACAUCAACAUCUUUUUCAUCCGUGAAUCAACAUCAUUAACACAGGGUGGAGGUGUAAAUGGAUUUAUGCAUCAUUUUAUCACAGAGGUGAAUGCGAUGGUGAGAUCACAUGUUGCAGCUUUAGGUGGAAAUGCUCUUGUUGUGUAUACUAUGAUAGAUUGUAUUUUAAUGGAAAAUCCGCAUAAAAAUCAGUGCCAGUGUUUGGUCAACGUUAGUGGAGAUGCAGUACAUGUGCAAUACGAUAGUGAUGUGAUGUAUAUUGGCCAGCGCGUUGGAGAAUCUCAAGGUUCAUCGCCUCGCAACAUUCCUCAGAGCGAAUCAUGAUAAAGUGCUACAUUCUGUAUAUGUAGUUCAGAUGAUGGCGAUCACUUUACAAAGACAAAUUAUAUAAAUAUGUAACUUUGAAAUUAUUAUGCAAGUUCCACUGUUUUGGAGUUCUGUCUUUCUUUUAAUGCUUUUUCUCUUAUAAAUUUCCUUUUUUUUUAACCAUCACUGUUCAUUCUCCUUUUUAUUUUUUGUUGUUAUGAAUCGAACCUAGGAAUUUUUGGAAGUAAGAAGACAAGUGGAGUUGUGUUUGGUUGUGAGAUUUAUUGAGAAUAAGUCCUGCUAUCACAGGAAUUGAACCCAGAAUCCUGGAAUUAGAAGGCAAGCAUCUUAACCACUAAGCUAUUCAACUCCACUACAAAUUUAUUGAAUUAGGCCAGUGAGGUUUAUCUUAUAUUUAUUAGGAACCUUAUCCAUCCAUUUGUACAGUUUUUUCCAAUGUUUUGUUUUAAAACAAAUAAAGAUUAACAAUAGUAAACAAUAGUGUGAAACAUGGGCGUUAAAAGUAAGCAAUUAGAAAAACAUUGGAUUGUUUGUCUUUAUUUGGAGUACUGUAUGAUAUGUACUAGCAAGGAGGUUAAAAUAAAAUUUGGAAGAGAUGUUACUAAUUACUCUACAUAUUUUGAUAAUGCCUGUAAUGGUUUUUUUUAAGGUUUAGUAGGGCUUAUCCAUCCAUUUUGUACAGUUUCUUCCAAUGUUUUGUUGCGUAUUCUUAUACAGCAUAUAAACCUUGAAGCCAAAUGGGUGUGAGUUUGAGACCAAUUCUUGACACAUUGCUUCUUCAAGAUAUUUUAUCUCUGUUUAUAUCUCUAUAAAGCCUAGACUAGACUAUCAAAUUUUAUGACAAAAAUAUGUGACAUGCCCAAAUACGGUCAUGAUGACAUCACAUCAUUACCAUAUAGGCACAUCAUGACUAUAUAUGGGCGUACAAAAGUUUUUUGUCUAAGAAAAUUUUAUAGUUUGGCCAGAGCUGUUGGACCAUGGACGAUUUUUUAACAAACUUAAGUAUUGCUGCAUAUGUGUGUACUCUUUACAGUAUGUCCUUUAAAAUGAUAUUAUUUCAGCAGGUUUUAUGCUGUCUGGUAGAUCAGUUGUCUUAUUGUUGGGUUGCGAUGAUAAAUGGAUUAAUUUUCUCUUUAUUUCAAGUUCCCACACAAUGGUCCUAACAGAGAACAGUAAAAACAAAUCCCAAAAAUAUAGAAUAUUGAGAAUCAGGGCUGGGUUUAUUUAUUUAUUUUUUUUUUCUGGCAUAUUAUUUCUGUAUAUUAUUUUACUUGAACAAGUAUGUUUCCAUGAAUUUUUGUUAAGUGUGCUUGAGCUUUAUUAUAUAAACAUGAAAAGAAGUUGCAAACAUAUUGUUGUAAACAGUGAAUAUGAUUUCAUCAUCAUAUCACAUAAGCAUUAAUUAAUUUGUUUUUAAAUAAUUCUUUUAUAGAAUAUUGAGAAUCAGGGCUGGGUUUAUUUUAUUAUUUUUUUCUGGCAUAUUAUUUCUGUAUAUUAUUUUACUUGAACAAGUAUGUUUCCAUGAAUUUGUGUUGAGUGUGCUUGAGCUUUAUUAUACAAGCAUGAAAAGAAGUUGCAAACAUAUUGUUGUAAACAGUGAACAUGAUUUUAUAGCACAUAAACAUUAAUUUGUUUUUAAAUAAUUGUUUUAUACAUAUUGUAAUUGAUCAUGUCUAUAAACUGUUCAAUAUUGUGGGAUGUGUGCUGAGACUGUGAUAAUUUUCAUCAUACAGUUAUAACUUGCAAUGGCCCAAUACUCUAUACAAAUAUGUAUAAACGCAAUAACAAAGAAAAGUUUGAAAUCAAAUAUUAUUAGUUAUACUUGAAUGUGUGACCAAAAUUAGCCAAUCAUUAUCAGCUUUAAAUGUCAAAAAAUAUAUAAGCCUGACAGGCCUACAUGAGGUUAUAAAAACACUAUCGAUUGGAUAAUGAAUGCUUUAUAUUCUUGAUUUUUGUUAUUUUUUUUUUAAAGAAGUGGUUAAAGUCUUUCAACUUCCUCUUCCAUCUUUAUCAUGUUGGUUAUUAAAGUAGUAAUCCCACAUCUGUAAAUUUUUAGUUGAUAUUCAUCCUUUGCCUGUUGAAAAUGUUAAUAUCCUGACCUAUCUAGUUGCAAUGGAGCAUGUGACCUAUUGCAUCUUUCUGGAGUGUCAAUCAAAAUUUACAACUUACCAAUCAGAACAUGGCCAUGAAUACGCGCCUUUCUAACAAGCACACGUGUUGUAUUACCAACGCACUUGUUUGCGUAUUUUUUGAAACUGUCAUUUUGUGGAAUCAUAGCAACAAUAUUCCAGGGGCAGGCCUUAGCGUAAAGGUACAUUCCAGAUGCACUGGGUGAUUUUUAGAAUUUCUGUACAUGCAAAAAUGACAUUGAGGGAGACUGACACUUCAGAAAAUUGAUGUAUAUUUGAUGAUAAUGCAAUAAUUAUAUAAUUUUAAAUGUUACUUUAUAAGUUGUUUCAGAUAAUGUGAUGAAUGUUUACUCAAUUUAACAGUAUGUACGAAACAUUCAAAUCAAGGUGUAUGUAACUGCUGUAGUACGCUCGCAUCUGUGUGAUUGAUAUACAAGUACUUUAGUGUCUUUGCCGCUAACUCACGGUAAUGUUAUACAGUACACUAUCAUUCAGUCAUACACAAUCGUGUUUCAGAUGUGCCGCCUCUCCCUAUGACUGUUAAGCCGGCAACUGUGUUGUAUGACGAAUCCAACUCCGCUCCCUGUGAACACUAGAAGACAACGAUCCGUUGCAUGUGCGUCGCCACAUUGCGUUCUUUAUAGAAUUGUGCCCGGUGAGUGCCCGGCUUAAAGCUACGUUCACAUCAAGCCCGGACCGGUCCAGAGCCCGGACAAAAAAUUGUGAGUUGCUACGUAUUUUGAACGCUGUGUUCACAUCGCGCAUGGGACACGGUUGUUGGGUAAAGUACGUAUGCGUUCGAUUGGUUUGAACCAAGCAAGCUUGUUGUUGAUUGGUCCAAGAAAAUAAAAACGCACGAUUUCAGGAUACAAAUGGCUCUCAGAUCCGGAGUCCGAAUUGAAAAUCGUAUGAAUUUUAUGUGAACAGUCCUAUUCUUUACCACUGAACCCAUUUUUCACAAUUUUUUCUCCGGAUUCCGGGCUUGAUGUGAACGUAGCUUUAAGCUCUGUCCAGACUAUUACAUUUUCUUACAAAAAACUCUUGUAUGCCCAUAUAUAGUCAUGAUGUGUCUAUAUAUGUCCAUGAUGUGAUGUCAUCACGACCAUAUUUAGCGACCAAUGUCACAUUUUUUUUGUCAAAUAAAAAUUGAUAGUGUGGACAUGGCUUUGGCAAAUAGUAGUACUUCUUUCCUCAGACAGGGUUUGAUCAAAUAUUGACUUGGCAAACACAUGUAUAAUGUUCAACUAUUCAAUGAAUGUUCUUAAAUUACUGUCAUUUGAAUAGGCCUACUGUUGUUGAAUUACAAUAAAGUUUUAUUUAAUGUGUCUAAAAUAA